AUGAUGUUGGUUUCCUCGUCCGUAGCCAUUUUGGCUCAAGGCUUCCUGGACGUCGAGCCGCUGCAUCCCAGCCUUCGCCCACGCCCGGACGCGCGCGAGCGGGCACGCCGCCGCUGUUCAGGGGGGUCCGAUUCGGAUGUCGGCGGUUGGUGCGAUGGCGCAGACGAAAGGGCAGGGGGACGCCCUCGCCCUCAUCAGCACGCCGGCACGUCUGAGGCCGAAGGGGCAGGGGGAAGCCAUCGCCCUCCUCAACAAGGAGCCAUCAGGGUGCGCCGGCAAGUCGGGAGCGCAGAAGGAGUGGCCAUUGUGGCGGUUGAGCCUCGUCGCGCUCCCGUGCCUGUCCAUUACGGUCGUGUGGUCGGUCAUCAUGCCGUGCAGCGCGCCUUACUUGGUGGCGCUCGGGAUGAGCCCCGCCUCGGCCACCCUCAACAACAUGGCGGGCCCGAUCUGCGGCUUCUUUACCUGCCCGCUGAUCGGCGCGCUGUCCGACUCGUCGACCUCCUCCUACGGGCGAAGGAGGCCCAUCAUCGUGGCCGCGCUCGGUGCCCUGUGGGUGUGCGGGCUCCUCUUCGCCUCCAGCGCGGCGCUGCUGCCCGCCAGCGCCGCCGCGGGCUUUGCGGCCUGCAUGCUGUGGCUCAUCGACAUCGCGCUCAACGCGCUGUCGACGCCCAUGAGGGUGCUGGUGGCGGACCUCGCGUCGAGCGGCCAGCAGGUGCAGGUGCAGGUGCUGGUCGCCUGCUUCCAGGCGGUCGGCUUCCUGGUCGGCUUCUCCACCAUGAAGGUCUACGGCAGCGACGGCGGCCUCUCGAAGCACAUGCUCGAGAUCAUUGUCGUGGUUUGCUGCAUUCUCACGGCGGCGGUCGCCGUCAUGCUCUGUGUGGCCGUGGAGAAGCCGUUGGCGGUCGACGGCGCCGCCAGGCAGUCCAGCCCCGUGUCGGACGUGCUGAAGGCCGUGCGGGGGAGCUCCCUCCUGUUGAGGCGGCUGGCCGGCGUGCAUUGCCUGGUGUUCGUCGGCGCAACGGUGUGGCUCUCGUACUCCGUGCAGUGGUUCGGCCUCUGCGUGUUCGCGGGUGAUCCCCUCGCCCCCCCAGGCUCCGCGGCUCAUCGCUCGUACGCCUCGGGCCAGGAGGCGUUCGCGUACGGGGGGCAGUGCGGCUCGCUGCUGAAGUUGCUCAUGUCCCUGCUCCUCGUCGUCGCCCUCCACAGGACCUCGCUGCCCCCCAAGGGCGUCUACGCCGCCUGCAUCUUUGUCGGGGCGGGCGUUAGCUACGCGGCCGCGUUCUUCGUGAAGCAAAAUGCCGACUUCGCGACGGCUUGCAUGGCGCUGUCGGUGCUACCCUGCGUGGGCUCGCAGGGCAUCCCCUGGGGCCUCAUCGCCGCCAGCAACAAGGCUGCCGAGGAGCGGGGGCUCCCUGUCAGCACCGCGUUGCAGAUGGCCCUCUUGAACUGCGGCCUCGUGCUCGGCCAGCAGUUCACCCACCUGACUCUCGCUGCGAUGGAGAGCUUCGUGGCGCCCACGCUGGCGCUCCCCGCCAUGUUGGCCGCUGGCGCGGUGGCAAUGACCGUGGCGGGCGCCGGCGCGCUCAUGCUCCCGAGCGGCGCCGAGGAGCACGACGCGCUGGGCGCGGGCGGACGCACCGGCGGAGCGGACCUGGAGCUCAGCCCCCCCACCCCACGCGACGGCGAGGGCCUCUGACCGGCAGAAGGGCGCGCAAGAGCGCAAGGCGCACAGCGCGAAGGCGCGAGAGCGCGAGAGCGCGAGAGCGCCGGAGCGUGGGGGCGCAAGGGCACAUCCCCUUCAAAGAGUCGCCGCCCGCCACGCAAGACGAGGGGGCGUGGCCGCCCUCUGCCGCGCGCCUCCCGUCCUGCAGUUCGUUCGCCUGGGGACGAGGUGCCCCCCGCCCUCCAUUUCUCAAUUGCCCCCGCGGGUGGCGUCGACCUCCGAGCGGGCGCGCUGGCCGCGGAGCGGCCAGGCGGCGCAGCGCCGAGCCAGCGCCCGCCGCGAUGGAGCCCGCUGCUGCAGCCUCCAACGCCUGCCUUCUUGCUUCGCCUUCCUUCUCUCCAUCCCUUUGCUGGUGCGGCUGAUGGCUUGCGCGCAUCCGCUGGGAGCGUUUUUCCGAUCGUUCGUCCCCGCCGAUCUGUUUCUGAUCGGGCGUGGGGCGGCCCGCCGUGCGAGCUGGGAAAUCCAGCAGCUGCGUAUAUACGAUCCCUGUCGGGAUUCCGCGGGCUGCUCUUUCGGAGUCGUGUUUUACGGAGUUAUACUCCUGAAGGGGGGCCUGAACUUGACUUUCAUAGACCACCUGUAUUUAGAGAUUGCUUUUAAGUCCGGCCAGCGCACGACGACCAGGUAUGGCCCGUCCAUUUGAACGCGUCUGGCUUCUCGGAUCUCUCCCCGAGUGUCCCACGGCGGCCUGGGUGCCGCCGUGUUGAAGCUCUCUUCGAGCUCUCGUUGCUGGAAGCGGUGUUCGACCCCGCCCCUGAACGACGAGUCUCCUUUGCCUUGCCUUUAUCAGCUGGAGACCCUUGCUGCUCAGGUUUUGAUGGUGGCUUUGACAGGCCGCUGGGCUCGGUAAGACCCUCUUCCCAUUGCGUAGUUCACAAUCCGUGCGCAGGCCCGCCCCGCGCACGGCAGUAGUUAGGGAGUGUUGACAGACGCAGGUGCGCGACGCGAAAAAAAUAUAUGUUGGUUUCCUCGCCGAGGCCGUUUUGGCAUUCUCACCGAGGCCUCUUGGAGCAUCUGAGGUGCCUGUGGGGGGUCUCUUGGGGCCUCCUGGGAGUCUUUUGGGUGCCUCCUGGGGGCCUCCUGGGGGCCUCUUGAGGCCAUCUUGGGGCCAUCUUGGGACCUCUUGGG